CAGAGGCGUCCGGCGGUGACAGCGGUCGGUGCUGGAGCGAAGUACGGCGGCACACACAGCGUCGAGCCCGGGUUCGUGUCCUCUCCCCGUCGCCCCCGAAACUUUGACAUCCGACAUCAUGCAGGCGGAAUCCGGGAUCGUUCCCGACUUCGAAGUCGCGGAGGAGUUCCAGGAGGAACCGAAGACCUACUACGAGCUGAAGAGCCAGCCGCUGAAAAGCAGCAGCCCGUCGGAGCAGCACGGCUCCUCCAAGCCCCCGCUGAGCUCCUCGGCCAUGACAUCGCGCAUCCUGCUGCGGCAACAGCUGAUGCGGGAGCAGCUUCAGGAGCAGGAGCGGCGGGAGCAGCGGAGACAACAGGCCUCCCAGUACCCGCAAACCACAGCGUCCCAGACCCCCGCCAUCAACGUCAGCGUGCCCGCCAGUUUGCCGCCUGCUGCCCAGGUACCGCUGGAGGUGCUGAAGGUUCAGACUCACCUGGAGAACCCAACCAAAUACCACAUCCAGCGCUCCCAGCAGCAGCAGGUGAAGCAGUACCUGGGGAAGCUCGGCUCUCAGGUGUUGAGCUUGCCCUGCCACAACCAGCCCUCUGACCACGGGGGCAUGCCGCCAGGGCCGGGCAACAGUGCCCCCAACAGCCCUAUGGCCUUACUCACCCUGAACUCCAACUGCGAGAAAGAGAUGGAUGAUGUCAUCGAUGAUAUUAUCAGUCUGGAGUCCAGUUACAGCGAUGACAUCCUCGGCCUUAUGGACCCGGGACUUCAGAUGGCAAACACAAUCCCCAUGCAGGCUAACAUCAUGGACAUGUAUGGUAAUCAGGGUAUGGCCCAGCAAGGUCUGCCCAUCAGCAACUCCUGCCCUGCCAACCUGCCAAACAUCAAAAGGGAAUACUCAGUUUCACAAUCCCCGGCCAUCAUGCAUAUGCUGGAUAAGUCUGGUUCCUGUGGCAAGUUUGAGAACUACCAGCGGCCUGAAGGUUUCCCCGUGGUAGCGGAAGUACGAGCAAUGGCAAAGGAAAGGCAGAAGAAGGAUAACCACAAUUUGAUUGAGAGAAGACGACGGUUCAACAUCAACGAUCGAAUCAAGGAGUUGGGGACUCUGAUUCCAAAGUCCAACGACCCAGACAUGCGCUGGAACAAAGGAACCAUCCUGAAGGCCUCGGUGGACUACAUCAGGAAGAUGCAGCGAGAGCAGCUGAGGGCAAAGGAGCUGGAGAUCCGGCAGAAGAAGCUUGAACAUGCCAACAGACACCUGAUGCUGAGGAUACAGGAGUUGGAGAUGCAGGCCCGGGCUCACGGCCUCAGCAUCGCGUCCGCCCUCUGCUCCGCCGACCUGGGGCCCCGGGGCGUCAAGAUGGAGCCCUCCCUGGAGGACUGUCACCCGGAGCUGUACACGUUCCACCCACACCACCAACACCACCAGGGCUGCACCCCCGAGCCGCCCGGCGCCCUGGAGCUGAGCGACGGCCACUCCAACUACCCGGACGGCCACUACAGCGUCCAGGGCAAGUCCAAACUCAACGACAUCCUCAUGGAAGACAACCAGUCGCCGGUGAGAGGCGGGGACCCUUUGCUCUCGUCCGUCUCCCCGAGCACGUCGAAGGACAGCAGCCGCAAGAGCAGCGUGAGCAUGGAUGAGAACGAGGAGGACUGUUAGCACCCCCUCCUGGAGGACAGCGCACCUGCAUCUCCUGCGACAACAUCCUCCAACUCGCUCUCAGCUGCUGGACUCGCUCUCCUCUUUGUCUCAUUCGGGGUUUUUGUUGUUUUUGUUGUUUUCCUCCCGCCCGUGUUUACAUGCGUUGAAUCUUUUUUUUAUUUUUUUUUUAGGGUUUGUUUUGUUUUGUUAUAUCUUUGUCUUUUCAGCCCCUGAUUUCAAAGACUGAUUUUAAAGUCUGUUUGCUUUUAAUCAAUACUUUGAUGACAAUGAGGUACAAAAGUAGACGUUUUUGUAUUUAAAAAAACAAAUCUAUAUAUAAAUAUAUAUAUAUGCAUUUAUCUUUGGAUAGACGCUAGAUUAUGUUUAUUUCUAUUGAUUCCAAAGAAUCUAGGGAAGUUAUAAAUCAUGGUCAGACGUGUAGAUAUUCUUGUGGUGAGAUGAACACUGCUUUUUAAAAAAUCAUUAGCAAUAAUAGAAGAAAAGAAAAGUCUAUUUAUUACUUUAGUGCUUUACACUCCUUGUGUCUUAGAUUGAACUUGAAUGUGCUGAUGCCUUAUUGAGAUGUGUAGACAUCGAUGUUGUAUUGCUAUGCACAUGUUUUUGGCUGUUAGCUGAGUCUUUGUCAGUCUUCCAGUUGAAAUGUCUUCCUUGACAAAUAUUAAUCCUUUGUAGAUUUGAUCUUAUUUAUGUAUCUAUGUAAACAGGACUUUAUAUACCUUUAUGUACACAUUCCCCUUUUAAAAAAGAAUAUUUAUAAUAAGGCUUUUGAAAGAGCCCCAUGAAAUAAAAGUACCAAAAUAUAUAAACAUCUCCUUUUUUUGAUAAUUGAAAUGAACAGUGAGAGUUAAUCUUACGCUUUUAUUCAGUGUUAUGAUGUCGAGAUGAUGCACAAUGAUCCAGUAACGAUAGAGAAAGGUCAAGUUUCACCAACACCUGCCUCACCCGCCCCGUGCUGAGUGACCCGGCAGUGUGCGCCACAUACAUCACCAAAACAUUCCUCACUGCCAAAACUACUGAAAUACUCCCAUAAAAUAUAAGUAAAGAAUCUUUUUUUUUUACAAUAAAACGUGUAGAAUCUUCGCUCCUGUCAAAAUGAAGGACACAGGCAACGAGUUCACUCUACAGACCUGAAUGUUUUUACCUUAUUCUACAAAUAUUUAAUAUGUGAUUGAUUUAUUAAAGAUGAAUCAGUUUUUAUUAUACUCUUGUCUGUAGGAAUCAGACGAACAUACCGAUCGUCAUACGUGUUGAUUCUUAGUUUUUAUAAUGGUCCAUUCAUUUUCCUAAAUUAUUGUUUUGUUUUUGUUUUUACACCACUGCGAUGACAUUUCACAUUCAGUACGUUGUUUUUAUUUUUCCUUUUUUUCCAUUAUGUGAACAUUUAUAUUGCAACGGAGUAUAAGGAGACCGCCUUGGGAUUUUGUAUGAAAUGCAUGACAUUGUCAAAAACACUGGAAUGACCUCUGUAAACUGAAACGUGGUUUGUUUGCCUGUUUUCUUUUUCUUUUGUAUCUAAGCAUAAACUAACUAUUGUAUUUUGGGCUUUUUUUGUUUUUCAAAUGCAAACACAACAUUGGAUGAGAUUGUAUAUUCCUCCUGGUGUGUGGCGGUUGUUGUUUGUUUGAGAGACUUGUUUUCAAACGUUCGCUUUUAUUCGCCUUCGUUAACGACUACCUGCGGCUUGCCGAGAGCCCUGUUACAUUAGAGCCUCCAACUAUGCAACCGGCUGAAGUUGUGCCUGUCGAGCGGCGUCACGGCUCCACAACGUGAUCUCCUCAUGAAUCAGUCUCAAGCAGUAUCUAAGUGAUGAUCUUUUCUGAAUUAAUUUAAAGUGCCUUACAGUCGUUUAUUUGACCCUGAUGAUGCAACUUUGUGUUUCUUUCGUUGUCCGGUGCUGCCGAGGAGUGCUGAGUCAUGCCUUAGAGAGCAAUACAGUAUACAACACACAAAAAAAAAGAGAACACAAGACAAAAGUGUUGGGUAGAAAAAAGACAAGUGGAGCAUUGUGAAAUGAAUCCUCGUAAAAGUAAAGAGAGUAAAAUAUGCAAUUAAGCCUCUAAAUUAUGACUAUUGAUUGUUGCUGAUUGUUAUUUUAUCAUUCUUAUUCCCAUAGUUUUAUUUAUUUAGUAAAGAAAUGUAUAUUUUAAAGUGCCUUUUUUUUCCAAACGUCUGUUUUUAUUUCACAUCAUAUUGUCAUGAAAGCUUUAGAUUAGGGGAAACGUUGAUAUGAAAAUAAGAACGAUGAAACAACUUGUCAGAGCAAUGUUUGAAGUUAAAAAAUAUUUUUAAAACUGCAACAAAACCAUUUUAAGUGUCCAGAUAACUGAGAGGACAUUUGGUUCGGUCUAAGGAUUUAUUGUAAAAACAUUUUCAUAGUCACAAUUUCAGUUAGUCCUUCACUUUAUGAUUAUUUAUUCACAAUCUCCUCUCAGUUCAAUACAGAAACAUUUGGAGCUCUUUAUAUUUGUGUUUGUGCAUUGUGUGUUUUCCUUGUGAAGGUCAAGCUCUACUCUGAAGAAAGUGUUGUUUUUGUUUCCAAAGUUGUUUUGAAUAUUCAUUUUGAGACUAGUACGAAUGUAGUUCAAGGUGAUAACUGCCAAAAAAUGUGUUGCCAAAAAUCAAAGUUUAUAUAAAAGUCAUGAAGAGAUAUAGACCGCUGAGCUGAAGCACCUUUGUUUCUGUGUUUCUGCUUCUUAAGUAAAAAAAAAAAAAAAAGCAAUACAUCAUGAUGGCAAUCAAACAGUGUGAGAGUGGAAGAAAUAAUCUCAACUGGAGAUCCACUUAGUUACUAAUCCCUGAGCUUUCAGGCGCCUUCAUCAAAUUACCUAAAUGUGGAUCUGCCGUCACGUGAUAACAAUAUUUAUAUUUGUGUUGUCACAUCGGAAACACAGCAGCCCUGAUAAACCUGAAAGCUCUGUAGACAUCUUGAUUUAUUCAAGUGGCCCUCUGCGAUCACACCAGUCCCAGCUUUCGAGCCUUAACACUGCAGCACACCCAGACCUGUAACUUUGCCAUUUGACUGAACCCAGAUCAGCUUUUUAAUCUAAUGGAAACUGGUAAAUCACUCAAACCCUGAAAUGUGACUGAACAACAGUGUGACACACAUAGUGACGGCAGGUUAUUCAAAGCCUUCGCUAUAUGACUGAUUUCCCCAUGAAUAUCCCAACUGUUAAUUAUGAUGAUGGUAAAAACAUUAUGGGUGAACCACUAAUGAAGAACCAUGUUAUCUUAUGUCAGACCUGUGCUCGUUCUCAUCCCUGUGGCUCAAUGCAAACACGUCCUCGGCUGAUGAUGCUACUGUUCUUAUAGUUACAGAUUAUAUGAGAUGAAUGUAGCAACUGUGACUGUUUCAGAUUAGUGAACUCUAACUCGUUGGUACUCGAUGUGGAAACGAUGUCGUGAAAAAUAUUAAAAGUUUUAUUUGAA